GACGGAAAUCUUCCCGCAAACGCGCUUACGCAGCGGACCGAAGCGCAUCGGCUUUUUCUUAUCUUUUCUCCCCUCUCUUAACUGAUCAAUACAUAUUCGUCAUUCUUGUUUUGUCUCAAGUAGGAAACCCCCCCCCACCCGUUUUUUUCUCUUUCAACGGGUCUUCACUCUCUUUUAAGAUGAUGCUUACAAAGGUGGAGGGCCCCAACGCGGCGGGCAACAAGGUGUACGUGUUCGGCGUGGACGCCUACACGCUGGAGGUGCCACAGCGGUACAACGUUCAGUACUUCGUGGGCCGCGGCGCCUACGGCUUCGUGUGCAGUGCCGUGGACGAGGUCACGAACGAGUCGGUAGCCAUCAAAAAAGUCACCCACCUCUUCGACGACGCCGUGGACGCGAAGCGGGUGCUGCGGGAGGUGAAGCUGCUCUCCUUCCUGCACCACCCCAACAUUCUCUCCCUGAAGGACCUCUUCAAGGCGCCGGACCCGGUGGAGACCUACACGGAGCUCUACGUCGUGACGGACUUGAUGGAGUCGGACAUGGACGCCACCCUGCGCUCCCCACGUGUAAAACUGGCUGCCGGGCACGGGCAGUUCUUCACCUUGCAGCUGCUCUGCGCCUUGCAGUACGCGCACAGCGCCCACGUGCUCCACCGCGACUUGAAGCCCGGUAACCUGCUGACGGAUGCGGAGUGCAACUUGAAGCUGGGCGACUUCGGGCUGGCACGUGGAAUUGGCGCGGACGACACCAUGACGCAGUACGUCUUCACGCGCUGGUACCGCCCACCGGAGUUGCUGCUGGUGUGUAAGCACUGCAGCUACAGCGCGGAUAUGUGGGCAGUGGGUUGCCUCGCCGCGGAGAUGUUCACCGGCAAGCCGCUCUUCCCCGGCAAGGACUACAUCAACCAGAUUAACCUGAUUGUAGAGCUGCUCGGCGUGCCGGACCUCGAGCACGACCUCCCGCCGAGCACAUCGAAGGAGGCUGUGCAUUACCUCGCCUCACUCCCCCACAGUGGAGGGAAGAAGCUGGAGGAGUUCGUACCGGAGCUGCGCACGCGAUUUGACGAGGCGAGCUUCUUUGACGGCUUUGACACGGAGCUGGAGGAGGAGAUUGUGGCGGAGGGUGGCACCGUGGCGCGCGCCCAGCCCCGGCCCCCGCAGGACUACUACGACGAGUUCGUGGACUUUGUUUUUGGGCUGCUGCGCUACAACCCAGAGCAGCGGAGGACGGCGAAGGAGUCGAUUGCGCACGCCUGGCUGAAGGACGUCCGCGGCCCGCAGGAGACUAUUGGCGGGUGCGAAGCAGAGCAGGUGUAUAAGUGGGACGAGGAAGGGGAGGCUUUCACUAUCCCGCAGCUGCGGCACAUGUUCAUCGACGAAAUCGAGAAGUUUGCUGCUGCCAAAAGGCAGCGAGGAGGGCAGUAA